UUCAAAUGUUUACUGUCUAUACGUUGUUGAAUUAUAUUUAUAAAUGUUUUAAUUUUAUACAUAUUGUAUUUUAGAUUUCUUCUAAAGUGCUUAAUAGUAAUCGUAACAAUGUCUAUAAAGAGGCAAUAUGUGCCAUCUUUCACUGGAUACUUCAGAGACGGCACCAAACGCAUUGACCUUGUAUUGGUUAUUAAUGAUGACGGGGACGGUAAGGUCGAAAUGUUGAGAGUUAAUUUUUUAUCCAAUGUUGUAAAGACCGGUCUUGAAAUUGAAUUGGAACAAGGAGUGAGGGCGAAAAAUAAAAACCUACUUUUCGUAAAAAUACACGCACCUCCCCACGUUAUUAUCCAAUAUGGAGAGUUUUUUAAUAUACGGAGGUUUUUCAAAGAUAAUCAUGCCGAUUUUAUAAAUCCUAGUAGAUGGUAUUUUGAUAUGUUGCCUAUUGGUACAAGCAAGCGACGAGAGAGAGAGUUGGUGAAAUUCGUAAGAAAACAAAACCAGGGACCUCUGAAUUAUUCGACCCUCGAGCGGAGUACUAUUGUUUAUAAAAUUCUUCUCAUGCUGCCAUUUGGCCUUUACGAAAACUACGUAGGGUUAAAUAGAUUACUUAACCAUCGUAUCAUACUCGAUGUGUUUCCAUUGCACGACGGGCCUUACUUUUUUGUUCCAAAUCAAGAUCCAACUAGAAUCAAUGGACGUCAGGUCCUCUCUCGUACGUGGUUGGACAUUGGCAAACUUUUAAUAUGUAGACAACCUUAUAGCCUUAUUCACGAUUAUAUGGGGGAAAGAGUGGCAUUUUAUUUCGCUUUCUUAGAUUACUACAUAAAGGCAUUAUUUCUCGCUUCUAUACUGAGCAUUGUGUUCUACUCAUCGGCUUAUAAUUCAAAAGAUACCUAUAAUGUAAAAUCGUUUACGUGCAAAUCUGAAGAAUCGGUGUGUGGUGCUUGCGCUACACAUACUUGGUGUCCUACAAGGACACUAAAAGAUUAUUGUUAUAAGGCUCGGAUUGUACAUGUAACUGACAGUAUUCCUAACGCCUAUCUUUGUUUGUUGAUUGGUCUUGGAAGCACUUUAUUUGUUCCAUUAUGGGAACGCAGGACAUGUUACCUAAAUUGGCUUUGGGAAAUUAAUCAAUCUUAUGCUAAAAGAGCUGUAAGGCCAGAAUAUAUAAUUCCUGACAACUUACCAUGGAGGAGAAAUUACGUUAGACAAAUUUUGUUAACAAUUUACAAUAUGAUUAUCUACGCGACAUAUAGUGCUGUAAUAGUUGCUUUAAUGCUUUUGGUGAUGUAUUACAAACAUGCCAUUUUCUAUAACACAGUUGGUACAAAACCGUAUAAAAACUUUUACUACGUAUUAGCUGUUAUAGCGGCUUUUAAUGUUGUUUUUGCUGUAAUCAUGCAGUUUGUAAACAGAAAGUUAUCACACGUGCUUACGAAUGUGGAAAACCACAGAACUUAUGCCGCAUACGAAAGUUCCUAUAUAUGGAAACUCAUUAUAUUUAACGGCCUUUGCUAUACAUUCCUGAUUCUUUUCUCUGCCUAUUUCGUUGUUUUUGGACACUGGUUUCAAACUUCAGGUAAAAGAACAUUGUUAGAUGAUAUUAAAUACAUGAACUGCGGCGCCUACGGAUGCGGGGACGAACUGACUGUCAUGGUUGUUGUGAUUGUCUUCGUAAAAGAAAUUUUGGGUAAAUUGCCUUGGCAGGUGAUUCCGAUACAAACUGACUACAAAGUAGCCAAAAACGGCUCUAGAGUUCCUGUUUGGGAAAGGGAAUAUGAAUUGUGUAAAAUCAAUGAAACCUUCUUAGACAAGCUGUACUUAAACUUAAUGUUACAGAUAAUUUUGGGAUUAUUCUUCUUACAAGCGUUUCCCUUGAGUCCGGUGCUAUUAUUGUUCUCGAAUUUAUGGGACAUUUGUUACCGCGCUCACCAUAUGGUGAAGGGCUGUCGGAGGCCGUUGGUGCGCAAUAGCACGGGAAUUGGCGCCUGGCAGCAAAUCAUCAUUGCAGUUGGAUACGCUGUGCCGCUCUUUAACAUUUUUUGCGUGGCAUUUAGCUCUCAAUUGGUUGAGAGAAAAAUGUUUGAUAUCAUCAAAUCAAAGAAUUUCUCCCUUCAAUUUAAGUAUUAUAAAAGUGCUUACCCAACUUAUUUCACAUUUGUCACGUCAAAGCCUGGUGCCUGUAAGUUCCCAAUAAUGUACGAUAGUGACAUUGGGGUAAAUCGCUAUUGGCAGCCCAAGAGGUACAAAUGGUGGGGAAUAUUAGUUGCCAUGAAUGCGGCCAUUAUCUUUGCUUUACUUGUACGAUGGUUGAUAACUCGUUGUCCGAAAGACAUUAAAGAAACAGUGAGAACCGAAAAGUACAUAACGUAUAGAUAUUAUCUGGCUAAAGGUGUUACGAAAUAGAACAUAUUUAAUCCGUUGUUUUUUUAAUUUAUAAAAAAACCUGUUAACUUUUAUUUGAAAUAUAUUAAUUUUAUACAA